AUGGUUACCCAGAGCACCCAGCAGAACAACCGAACACAAAGUGAAAAGAUGAUAAUGAAAAUGAAUUCAACACCACUAUAUGACAUGGUGCUUUUGGAUGCGGUGGUUGGGUUAUCCAGUAUAUGCCACAGUAUAUGGACUGAUGAGAAGAGGGACUCUUACUUUGAUGAGAGAAAAUUAGAAUUUAUUUUUCUUUCAGUCACUGCUUUUGAAAUGUUCAUUAGUUAUAGAUAUCCCAGCAACUCUGGAAAGGUUAUCAAGUCACCAAAACCGACUAGUGAUGAACAAAUACAAGGCUCCAAAAAUGCUGUCAUUCAGGACUUGGAGAGAAAACUGCGCUCUAAAAGUGAGCUUCUACAUGACGGGCAGCAGCGAUUAACCUAUGAGCAAAAGAUGGCACGCAGAUUACUGGGAGUGGAGAACGCUGCUUCUGUGCUUGAACUUCAAAAGAUGGAAAAUGAGCAGAUUAAUCAGCAACAGAACACUCCAGAUAGCCAAAGGUGGCAGGCAUACCAAUCACCAGCAGAAAGACAGAAGCUCAGUUCCAGAGAGGUUGAAAAUGAGAAUGCAUUGAUCCAGGAGAAGCACUACCCUCCUCGUUUUCUACAGAAACCAGAUGAGAAUAUGCUAAUUCAGCAGUAUGGACUCUGCAGAAUAGAUUGCAAGGUCAGUGGUCUGCCACCUCCAGAACUUAUGUGGUACUUAAAUGGCCGACCUGUUCAACAGGAUCUUGGCCAUAAGAUGCUUGUAUCAGGAAAAGGCGUACACUCACUCAUCAUUGAUGCAGUGACAGAAAGUGAUGCUGGGAGGUACGAAUGUGUAGCCAUCAAUCGUGCUGGCCAGUGCAGAUUCACAGUAAACCUUGAAGUUGAAGUACGAGGACCAAUACAGGCACCAGAAUUUGUUUACAAGCUCCAAAAUGCAAGAGCUGUUGAAGGAGGGAAAGUUAAGUUGGAAUGCCUGGUGACUGGACAACCACAACCAAGAAUCUUCUGGAGAAAGGAUCAUGAAAUGAUCAAGCAAGACACCAACAGAAUCAGCCUAUAUCAUAGUAACGAAGGUAAAGUUGGCCUCGAAAUUUUCCCAGUCGAUAAAUGUGAUGCUGGGUGGUAUACUGUAUCUGCCCAAAAUGAAGCUGGGUCAACAAUCUGCACAGCAAGACUAGAUGUCGCUGCUUGGCCAGUGAAACAAGUUCCAAACACUAAGCCACUGAAGGUGCGGCCAACAUUUACCCGAUAUUCAGUGCUUAACGGUCAAGGAUUUCUGCCAGAUCCAGCGUCCCAAUAUGCAGCAACAUCAUACCCUGGUUUAGUAGAGAGUGAUGAAUUGUGA